AGUCAACGUUUGUACCUUGACCAAAGCAGUCGGGGGUUCUUAACUUUAACUACAGAUACUCGAGAAUCGAAAACAAAAACCACUAGCAAAAGUUGCGAAUGACGAUCAUUGGGUGUUGCGUGUGUUAAAAUCAUUUAAAACCUAUAAAAAAGUGAAAAGUUUUAGUAUUAUUUGUGCUUAAAAACAGCCGGAGGAGUAAGAAAGAAGAAAAAGGACAUUACUUUUUAGCCACAACUGAAACGAAUAUAGCAGGCAUUUUUAACUUGUCAUGAUAAUAUCUAUUAAACGGAAAUACCAAAUUGCUUAGUAUGACUCUUCUAAACAAAGACUCGUUUAAAUUUUCUAAAUAGUUUUGGACAAGAUUGUGCAGAGUUGAAAACAAAAAACAUAAUAAUAUUUGGGAAAUCAACAAAAAUUUAUUUUACUGUUGACACAUCAAUAACACCAACCAACCAAAAGAAAUACGCGGUUUUCAAAAUCGUUGUUGACUUUUCAACAACGUGAUACCAGCGGAAAGAGAACAAAUAAUAAUACAAAAAAACAUAAAUAAAUAACUGCAAAUUCAUAAUGAAUUGGCUGAGUUUCAGUGUAUUGACGGGCCUGCUUUGCCUGACCCAAGUGGCGUCACUGUCUUUAGAUCCAGUGGCUUCAUCAGAACUGGAACAACACAUUAAAAAGGGUGAUUGUGUUAUAUCGAUGCGUCAUAUAAGGCCCAGACGCAAGCUACACAUCUCCAUUGAAGCAUUAUUUAUGAUCGACUUUCCCACUCUCAAACACAAAAUGUCCUUCUUCUUGGAUCGCAAGCAGCAGCGUGUAACACUGGAUAUGAGUGCCGCCGGUGAUGUGGAGUCUCUGCACUUUGAUAUACCACACACAAAUGAGACCAGUACCAUACGUUCAUUGGCCCUGCACUUUCAUAAAAAUAGAAUAUCAUUGUUGGUGGAUUGCAAGGAAACCUCAUCGCAUGAAGUGGACAUGAAUCUCACGAAAUUGUAUACACAAAUGGAUGAUCCAGUGGUUAAAUUGUUCCGUGAACGCAAAUAUCCUUUACAUUUCGAUGGCAAUGUGGACAGUGCCUUACAAAGAGCUAAUUGCCAAAAAGGUCUUAAUCGCCGAGGCAACAGACGCAUGUUAAAGAAUAAAAUUUCAGAAAGAGAGAAAAACAAGAAACGUGAUGUACGCAAUUGGUUUAAUCAUGAACCUGGCACGAGCGCUGAACAAUAUCAACAACAAAUACCCUUGGAUAUGGAUCGUAGGGGUGACAUACCCAUAAUGAGUGGUGAUUGUGAAGACGCCCUCGCAAAAUCACUGAGCGAUUUAAUGGCUUUAGUAAAAUUACUACGUGAAGAUAUCGCCCACCAGCGUCAAGAGAUUGCUUAUUUGCGCAUGCUCCUUGAGAAUUGUGCCGGUUGCAAGGAGCCCAAAGGUGACAAUAAUAUACGCAUCGAGCCAACAUGUCGUACAUCAAAUCCUUGCUAUCCUAGUGUCGAAUGCUAUGAUUCUGCUGCGGGACCAAGGUGUGGCCGCUGUCCCGUGGGCAUGAUUGGUGAUGGUAAAAUUUGCAAACCAGGCGUUACUUGCAGCGAUCGUCCCUGUUAUAUAGGCGUUCAAUGUCACGAUACUGUGAGUGGUGCUCAAUGUGAAUCCUGUCCCCUGGGCUAUGAUGGUGAUGGACGUAGUUGCACUAAACGCAAUCCCUGCUUAGAUGGUCCUUGCCCUUCAGGAGUUGAAUGCAUACAAAUAGGUGUUCCACCCUUCUUCCAAUGUAUUUCCUGCACUCGUAGUCAGCGUAUCAAUGGCACUCUCUGUGUAGAUAUCGAUGAAUGUGAGCUGUAUCAACCCUGUGAUCCAAAAUCGACUUGUGUUAAUCAAAAUCCUGGAUUUAGAUGCGAACCCUGUCCCUUGGGCUAUAGUGGCAUGCAUGUUCAUGGAUACUAUGCUGAAUACUGGACCAUAAAUUAUCAGAAACAGACUUGUUAUGAUGUGGAUGAAUGUCAAAAUGGUAUGGCGCGAUGUGGACCGAACUCGGCGUGUGUUAAUACAAUGGGCUCCUAUCAAUGUAAAUGUCGUGAAGGCUAUGUUUCCAAUGGCACCUCAAAUUGCUUUCCCAUAGCCGAUAUGUGUCCUGAUGGCACCAUCUGUAAUAGUAAUGCCAAUUGCGUACUAUCCGAUAAUUAUAAAUACAGAUGCAAGUGUAAAGUGGGUUGGGCCGGAAAUGGUUUAGUAUGUGGUCGCGAUCGUGAUUUGGACAGUUGGCCAGACAUGCAAUUGCCCUGCUCAGAAUUGCACUGUAAUCGUGACAAUUGUAUCGAUUUACCCAAUUCGGGACAAGAAGAUGCCGACAAUGAUGGCAUUGGUGAUGGUUGUGAUGAUGAUGCGGAUGGCGAUUUGAUUUCGAAUGACAAGGAUAAUUGUCCGUUUGUAUACAAUGUAGAUCAAUUGGAUUCCGAUCAUGAUGGUGUGGGUGAUGCCUGUGAUAAUUGUCCAUUUGUGCCGAAUCGUAAGCAGUUGGAUACAGAUGAUGAUACGUUGGGCAAUGAUUGUGAUGAUGACAUGGACAAUGAUACGAUAAUUAAUGAGUAUGAUAAUUGUAUGUUGGUGCCCAAUCCAAAUCAAAUGGAUAUGGAUGGUGAUGGUAUAGGUGAUGUCUGUGAUAAUUGUCCCAGUAUUUCGAAUCCCUCACAAGAGGAUCGCGACAAUGAUUUGUUGGGUGAUGCUUGUGAUAGUGAGAUAGAUGGUGACAAUGAUGGUAUACAGGAUAGUGAGGACAACUGUCCUAUGGUCAGUAAUGCUGACCAGUUGGAUACCGAUAAUGAUGGCAAGGGAGAUGCCUGUGAUGAUGAUAUGGAUGGUGAUGGUGUGCCCAAUUAUAGAGACAAUUGUCCUUUGGCCAAAAAUCCCAAUCAAUUGGAUUUAAACAAAAACGGCAAAGGCGAUUUGUGUGAAUACGAUGAAGAUGACGAUGGCACUCCCAAUAUUAUAGACAAUUGUCCCAAUAAUUCCAUGAUCUAUUCCACUGAUUUCCGUACUAUACGCUCUGUGAUAUUGGAUCCUGAGGGAGAAGCUCAAUUAGAUCCCAAUUGGGAAGUUCAUGCCAAUGGCUCGGAAAUUAUACAAACUUUGAAUAGUGAUCCCGGUCUUGUGGUGGGUCAUGAUGCUUUUGGUGGCGUAGACUUUGAGGGUACUUUCUAUGUCAAUGAUGACACCGAUGAUGAUUAUGUGGGUUUCAUAUUCAGUUAUCAAAGUAAUCGCAAAUUUUACAUUGUCAUGUGGAAAAAGAACACACAAACUUAUUGGCAUUCCACACCCUUCCGAGCAUCCGGAGAGCCAGGUAUACAAAUUAAAUUGGUGGAUAGUAUAACGGGACCAGGAUCCAUGUUGCGCAAUAGUUUGUGGCAUACAGGAGACACUAAAGAUCAAGUGAGACUAUUAUGGAAAGAUCCCAUGAAUAUCGGCUGGAAGGAGAAAACUUCCUACAGAUGGUCUCUUUUACAUCGUCCCGCUAUUGGUCUCAUGCGUCUAAGGAUGUUUGAGGGAGACAAGCUAAUAUUGGAUUCUCACAAUGUGUAUGAUUCCACAUUGAAGGGUGGCCGUUUGGGGGCUUUCUGUUUCUCACAACAAAUGAUUAUUUGGUCGGAUUUGAUAUAUAAAUGUAACACACGCGUUCCCGCCUUGGUGUACAAUGAUUUACCCGGUCAUCUGAAACAGAAAGUAGAAAUUGAUAGAUAAUUUACUUUCAGUCAUUUUAAAUGCUGUGUAGAAAUUAUUUAAAAAUUUUCUUAAAUACAACUUGGUGCUACGAGUCCUGUUCUUCUCUGUUACUCUUAAUUAACAAAAUAACAAUUAUACGUAAUUAUAAGUUCAACUGAAAUUGCCAUAAUUUGUACUAGUUAUAUGAAACGAAAUAUAUGUAUUUAAUAAAUAAAAUGAGAUUAGAUAAAACUGUA